CGCACGCGCUGGUUACAUUACGCCGUGGAAGCGCUGCAGGAGCAGUGGGAAGUCUUUCUCUUUUCCCCCCACCCCACUCACAGCACAUCUUACUUUUUUCUUGUUGUUUGGUGACUUUUAUCUUCGCCGCGUUCGUCCAGCUCUGAGGAUGUAUUUUUAAAGCAUCACUUCUGUAGAACUCCUCGAAGUUUAGUCGGCCGUCCGUCUCAUCUCCUGGCGUCUUUUUGACUUUUUUUUUAGCCUACUUUGGUUGGCUAAACCACCGAGGAGAUAUUUUUCUCACUUUCUUUUUUUUUUUUUGUAAUUCAAGGACAAAUGUUUUAGUUGACUGAAAAAAUGAGGAGGUGUUAACUUGUGUUAUUUUUGCUUUUCCGUGACAUUAAGUGGGACUUUUUUCUCUCCAGUUUUUAGCUAACAGGUUGAGUGUUUUUAGUGCAGCGGUGAUGGUGAGGAAGGAGGCGGACAGCAGCCGCUCUCCUCCUGUUGCUUCAGCGUAAAAAAGAAAAACCUUCCGCCGCCGCCGCCGCGUGCGUGAACGCUGCUUCCUUCAGUGCAGUGAGGUUUUUCUGGGGACUUCCGUGGGAGUUAAUCCUUCAAUUUUAUUUUUAUUCCCUUUACAGUCAGUGCUGGAGUCUUUUUCGUCUUCAGUGGCGAGACAACAUAUUUUGUUUUUAAAUAUAUAUUUUGAAAUUUAAAACAAUGCCACAGUUAUCGGGCGGCGGUGGCGGGGACCCGGAGCUUUGCGCCACAGAUGAGAUGAUCCCCUUCAAAGACGAAGGAGACCCGCACAAGGAGCAGAUCUUCGCCGAGCUGAGCCACUCCGAAGAGGAGGGAGACUUGGCCGACAUCAAGUCAUCCCUGGUCAACGAGUCUGAGAGCAGCCCCAACAGCAACAACCACGAUGCAGCUAGGCAGUCCCAAAUACCACCAGAUUCAUAUCAUGAAAAACACAGAGACCUCAUAGAAGAUGCGGACUCUUGUUUUUUAGGAAAACAUGCGGACAUGUACGGUAAAGGCCACGUGUACCCGAGUUACCCAGGUUACAUCAUGAUGAACAUGAACAGCGACUCCUACAUGAACAAUGGCUCCCUCUCACCGCCCAUGCCCAGAACGUCCAACAAAGUCCCCGUGGUGCAGCCGUCCCAUGCAGUCCACCCACUGACCCCGCUGAUCACGUACAGCGACGAGCACUUCGCCCCAGGCUCUCAUUCGGGCCUCCACCCACAAGAUGCCAACAACAAACAAGGAAUGCCCAGGCAUCAUCCAGGACCAGACAUGCCCAACUUCUACUCCCUAUCCCCUGGAGGAGUGGGGCAAAUCACACCACCACUGGGAUGGUUCUCACACCACAUGGUCCCCGGCCCCCCUGGUCCUCACGCAACUGGGAUUCCCCACCCAGCCAUCGUCAACCCACAGAUCAAACACGAGCCUCCGCAUGAAACUGACAUCAUGCACAUGAAGCCCCAGCACGAACAGAGAAAGGAGCAGGAGCCCAAAAAGCCGCACAUCAAGAAGCCGCUAAACGCCUUCAUGCUCUACAUGAAAGAAAUGCGUGCAAAUGUGGUCGCCGAGUGCACGCUGAAGGAAAGCGCCGCCAUCAAUCAGAUCCUGGGACGGAGGUGGCAUGCUUUAUCUCGGGAAGAGCAAGCUAAGUAUUAUGAGCUAGCUCGCAAGGAACGGCAGCUCCACAUGCAGCUCUACCCAGGCUGGUCUGCUCGAGACAAUUAUGGGAAGAAGAAGAAGCGGAAGAGGGAGAAGAUGCAGGAAUCGGCCACAGGUACAGGCCAGAGAAUGAAAACGGCGUACAUCUGAGAAUAUGGAGGAAAGCGGAACGGUUUCUCCACAUGCAAAGCAAAGGCAGCAGCUACGGGCCCUCUGCUAGAGAUGGAGGCCUGCUAGAUCCCACAAAGACCCCCUUCAAAUCUCCAGAAUGAAGCCUCCGGUCCUCAGAGGAACCCCUCGAAACCCCCACCCUCUAGCACACCCACACCCACCACCACCAUCUGUCAAAUGUCUCUGUCCCCAUCCGGAAAAGGCGCUGCUGCAGACACUGAACUGAACGAGACAAUCAUGAAUUUGUAGAAGCAGCGCCGUGUUUCCUUUCAAUGUCAGCUUCACGGCUACCCGAGGCACUGCACUGAAAAAAACAGCAGCAAUUGUGAUGUGCGCACAACUCGCACCCCCAACUCACUCCCCACACCUGUCACUAAGUUAUUCUAAGUUAUUCGACACCUUUUUCCUUUUGUAUAGUUUACUAGGCUGAUAUUCACUCCCCCAGCACCCUCCCCACCUUCUCUCACUGGAUUUAGAAGACCAUUUGGGGGUCCCCCCCCUCACCCACCGACCAAACACCUCUUUUUUUUCAGACUGCACUAAGGAAGAUGGAGGAAUUACUUCUUAUCUGCUGACCAAGUUGGUGCAAAAAAAAAACAUCAUCUUAGACUGAUUAUCAUUUCCUUCUUUUGAAUGCUUUUAUUUUGUAUCCUUGUUUCAAUUUCUUGGUGUAUAUUUUAGUGACUUCCUUUUUUUUAAAUGUUUUUUUUAUAUAGUGGUAUAUAUGAAAAUAAGCUUUGAACACAGGAAAGCCAUUUUUUCUUGUUGUAAUGUCUUGCAGAAAUUGAAACUUAAGGCUUCUUUUGAUAACUAUUUGUAACAAAUAGUGACCUCGAGUCUUGCUCAGAUUUAAAUAAUUCUUCAGUAUGUGUACUUUUUCAAACUGUCGGGACACGUCAACUUUCUUGGUAUUUUUGCAGGCUACAUUAGGACAAAGGCAGGAGCCACAGCUCCAGAAGCCUAUAUUUUAUUGUUCUAAUCUAAAACAUGAUGCAGAUAUAUAUAUUUACCCCAGCACUUGACAGUCUUUCUUUUACUGCGAUGGACCUUUGUCUUCUCUCUCUGGUAGCUAAUAGUGUGGUCUUUAGCUAUGUUGUUUAUUCCAUGCAAACAUCUCUGUAAUAUUUUGCGUUGAACACUCUAUUUUAGUAUUACUUGAUGAUUUCCUUUUUUUCUAUUAAUAUUAUUAUUAUUUUUUGGGUCACUGUCAUCUUGGUUUGGCAUUUUGCUUCCCAAGUGGUCAUAUUUGAAUGUUUUCAACAUGCUUUGUUUUGUUCUGUUUUUUUAAAGAAAAAUAAAAAGGCACCUUUGGCUCACAGGAUUGCUUUGUGUGGUGGAAAAGGCCAGAGCUAAAUGUGCCACAUUUUACAGUC